GCGAGAACCUUGAUAUACUUCCCCUAUCCUCGCCCCAUUGCUCCCCCCUAUCAUCAACAGCCAGCAUUCAUCUGGACAACAUAAACCCAAUGCCUCCAACACUCUUAGUUAAACGCGCAACCUGCUACUCUGCCUACUACGGCUACUACACCUGCAACAACCGCUCCGGCUGGAACUCCUGGGGUCGAUGGGUCCUUCUCGGUCUCAUUGUCGCCGCUGCACUCGCGUUCUUUUUUGCGAGUAGUGGUUUGAGUCGGCGUAGGGUGCGGAGGGGGCGGGCGCCUGUGCCGGGAUUUGGGUGGAGUGUGCCGCCUAGUUAUUUCGAAUCCCAGCAACAUUACAGCCAACAACCCAUAACCGCUCCAAUCCCCGGCACCGGACACUCCUACGGUCCCCCGCCCGGUGCUCCUUCUCCUAACAACUCAUACCCAUCCCAGCCAGCUGGAGCAUACGCGCCUCCGCCUGGCGCACCGCCCAUGAUGCAGCAGGGUGGUAGUGCGCAGAGCUAUGGAGUUCAGACGGGAAAUCCGUGGGCCAGUAGGGCUGGUGGAGCGCAAGGAUCGGAGUUGCCGGCGUAUCCCGAGGCUGUGGCGACGAGGAAGUAAGCUUCAGGAGAUUCAGAAUGGAGUGGCUCUGGUAUCAGAUAC